AUGAUAGUAGAUCCUUUACUUACUGCUUCAACAGAUCAAAAACUUCAAAAAGAAAACGAAGCUCUGGCAUGGCUUAGUUCUAUUGACUCUGCGUCUAUGCAUCAUGACUACAUCAAGAAAUGCGAACCUGGAACAGGGCAAGACCUCUUAAAUUCUGAAGAACUUCAGCAAUGGAUAAAUAUUCCACGAACGACGUUAUUCUGUCCCGGCAUCCCUGGCGCCGGAAAGACCUUUCAGACGGCUAUCCUAAUAGAUUAUCUAAGUCGUGAAUUUCGGCACGAUGAUACGAUUGGCCUUGCUUUCUUCUAUUACCGGUUCGACCGCCAAGACGCGCAGAAGCCAGAGCAACUCAUUGCAAAUCUCAUCAAGCAAUUAGGUCAAAAUCACAAGCCUUCACGUGAAAAGAUACAAAGGCUUUAUGAAGGACACAAGGAGAAAGGCAGCCGACCAUCGAUCAAAGAGCUCACCAGUCUGCUCAAGGUUAUAACAUCACUGCUCUCAAGGGCCUACGUUAUUAUUGAUGCUCUAGACGAGUGUGACGACAAUGAUUAUAACCGCACAAGAUUGCUUGAUAGCCUAUUUGCUGCGCAAAAGUUUGCUGCACGAAAGUUUGCUGCACGAAAGUUUACUACACAAAGGAAAGGGCUUAAUAUUUGCGCUACAUCUCGAAAGGUCCACGCCAUUGAACAGAGAUUUGAAGGCGUCAUAAAGUGGCAGAUUGUUCCCAGUAAAAAUGACAUUUUUUCGUUCCUCGAUGGGCGCAUGGCCCAGCUGCCUGAUUUUGUGCAAAGCAACGUACUUUUACAAGAGGAGAUCAAAGAAUCCAUAGAGUCUGCGAUGGAAGGGAUGUUUCUCCUGGCUCAGAUGUAUAUCGACUCUCUUGUUGGCAAGAGAUCUAUUGCCAGUGUCCGGAGGGCUUUGGAGGGUUUGAAGACAUACCCAAAAGAAAGCAAAGAUAGGUCGGAUGUUCUAAGCAAAGCCUACCACAAGGCAAUGGAACGAAUACAGCAACAGAAAGGCGACUUGCCCGCAGACGCAAUGGCCAUUCUUGCGUGGGUGGUAAAAUCCAAAAAACCGCUUUCAGUCGGCACACUUCGAUUAAUACUUGCAAUUGACAUCGAAAAGAGUAUGAUAGAUGAAGACAACUUCCCAACUGCUGGCCAUAUCACUCAAGCUUGCGCGCCGCUUGUUGUGAUAGAAAGCGAAACUCAAGAGGCUCGACUAGCCCAUUACACUAUCCAAGAAUAUUUUGAAAGAUCAAAUAACAAUUGGAUGGAAAACUCCCAGCAAUUGAUUGCUAAUACUUGCAUGUCAUAUCUUUCAUUUUCAACAAUUCGUUCCGUUUUCAAGAACGAAAAUGAUGGUGAAGGAAACUUUCACAACUAUGCAACAGAAUUCUGGUCACAUCAUACAGAGGAAGCGUUAUCACUUCAAGGGUUUGACGCCCAAAGGGUAAUACAUUUCUUUGAUCAAAAAGAAAAGUCAGAUUUAUGGCACGAUUCCUUGAUGCAGAUCGACUUGGCACGCACCAACCUCUCUGCAGACAAACUGGAGGAUCUACUCCAAAUUUCGGAACAAGUGGUCGAAUUGCAUGUCGCAGCCUGCUUAGGUCUAUCAGGCAUAGUGGCAGAGCUGAUCAACAAGGGAUGCGACCCCGAUGUUAGAGACAAGCGGAACAGAUCCCCUCUGUGGUGGGCAGCAUACAAUGGGCAUGCGGGUAUCGUCGAGUUCUUACUGAAACAAAAGGUCAAUAUCGAAGUGAAAGACACAUUUUUCUACACGACGCCUUUGAAGCUAGCUGCAAAACGAGGGGCGUUGUCAAUUGUUAGACUGCUCUUGAAU